UGGGAAGAACUACCAUUUUUAGGCAUAAUAGUACCAGGUCUACAUGCAGUGUAUCAAAUAGUACAGUCUAUUUAGGAAUAUGCAAUUUCAUCUAUGCGGUGGAUUGUAGACUGUCUGAUCAGCGUGAGAAGUAGAAAUAUCAGUCAUCAUGUGUUAUAAAAGACCAUAAAUCUACUACAAGACUUCGGAAAGAUUCAACAAACACAACGAAUAUUUCUAUAUUGCAAGACAACAUAACCAAAUCACUUCUCUCGUCCUUUUAUCAUGAGUCUCAAGGACGGAUCUCGCUUUGAUUUCAUCGUCGUUGGCGGCGGUACUGCUGGCAACAUUGUGGCUUGUCGCCUUGCUGAGAACCCCAAUGCCAAUGUCUUGGUUGUUGAAGCUGGCAUUGGAUCAUCAAAAGACAAUGAAGAGAUUCGUACUCCUGGACUUGCCAUGGAUAUCCGUGGUAGUGAGUAUGACUGGGCAUACAAAACCACCAUGGUCAAACGAGACGACUAUGAGCGCAUUGAAAAGCCCAACACGCGAGGCAAGGCCUUAGGUGGCAGUUCAUCGCUGAACUACUUCUCAUGGGUACCUGGGUCGAAGGGGACCUUCGAUAUGUGGGAGGAAUACGGUGGCAAAGAGUGGACUUGGGAUCACCUUGUCUCAUACCUUCGCAAAAGCGUCACCUACCAUGAUGAUGAGGGUCUUUAUCCCAAGGAGCUCUCAAAGAUUGGUACAGGAGGCCCAAUUCCUAUUUCCCAUGCCAGACUCAUGCCUGAGAUGGAACCCUUCCGCAAACUGCUCACGCAGGCAUGGGUCUCUACUGGAGAACCACUCUCCGAGAACAUCUUUGAUGGCGAAAUGCGUGGUCUAGUGCACAGUGUGAACACCAUCUACCAAGGACGUCGCUCUGGUAGCUUCUUGGCUCUUGUGGACAAGCCCAAUGUUACCGUGCUUCCCGAAGUUCAUUCGAAGCAGCUCAUCAUCGACAGUGCCGAUCGUAGCGCCAAGGGUGUCACUGUCAUCACAGCUAGUGGCCAGGAAUACAGUUUCUAUGCCGAAAGAGAAGUCAUUGUGUCACAAGGUGUUUUUGAAUCGCCAAAGCUUCUCAUGCUUAGCGGCAUUGGUCCCAAAGAAGAACUUGCCAAGCACAACAUUCCCCUUCUUGUUGAUUCUCCACACAUCGGGCAACAUCUGCUGGACCACCCCGGUGUCCCUUUUGUCUUGCGUAUCAAGGACCAGUAUUCGAUGGAUAGUCAUGUCCUGCGCAAGGGCAAGGCUCAAGACCAGGUCCUGGCAGCCUACAAGAACAACCACACGGGCGCGAUGGGAUCCCCAUUUUUGGAGAUGAUUGGAUUCCCACGCAUUGACAAAUAUCUGGAGAACUCUCCAGAGUAUCGACAGCGGAAAGCUGCCAAUGGUAACAAGGAUCCAUUCUGUCCCUACGGCCAACCACACUUUGAGCUGGACUUCAUCCCCUUGUUUGGUAGUGCCUUCCAGUGGCAUUACCCUCACCCUAAUAAGGGCAGCUACAUGACAGUAAUGGUUGAUUUGGUUCGACCUGUCUCUGAAGGUGGCACCGUGACUCUCAACAGCGCCGACCCGCUUCAGCAGGCCAACAUCAACCUCAACUACUUCAACGAUGAUCUCGAUAUUAUUGCUGUACGCGAAGGUAUCCGUUUCUCUUACGAUGUUCUGAUGAACGGUCCGGGCUUCAAAGACAUUGUUGAAGCCGAAUACCCUUGGGAUAUGCCCCUUGAUGAUGAUGAGGCGAUGAAGCGAACUGUCCUCGACAGAUGCCAGACAUCCUUCCAUCCUUGUGGUACUGCUCGUAUCGGCCAGAACAUUCAACAGGGAGCUGUUGAUCCCAAGCUAAGAGUAUUUGGUAUCAAGAACUUGCGUUGCAUCGAUGCCUCUGCCAUUCCUGUCAUCCCGGAUUGCCGCAUUCAGAAUUCGGUUUACAUGGUCGCUGAAAAGGGAGCCGACGCGAUCAAGGCUGAUCACAAAGACCUUUAUGCUUGAUAGAUUAUUUACUUCAAGCGCAUUAUGCGGAGUGCAAGCAUCUUUGCACGGUCCACUGGGAAGUGUGUCGCACAACAGUGGCCAUGGACGAUUGUCUAAGCUAUAAUAACGGAUAGGACGACACUUUUAUUUUUAUUUGAUGUAUAAGUUGCUUAGGAGAUAAUAUAAUUUGAACGUAUUUGCCAG